CUCAAAUUUGAACCCAGGAUCUCCCAUCUCUAGACCUGGCUCUCAACCCAUUGAGCCACCCAGCUGCCUCAGAAAAUCUACAUCUUUAUCAGAGACUCUAAUGAAGAAGGAGAGAGGGGCGGCAGGGACAGGGGAAUAAUGUUAACUGAUUCUGAGAUGUGGAAAAAAGGCCAUUUACAAUAAUUGGGUUUCAUUUUCUCACUAAGGUCCUGAGAAUCCUGUGGGAGGACAGGAAUGAGAGGUUUGAGAAAGAAAAGAGAAAAAGAGCAGUUAGGUGGCUCAGUGGAUUGAGAGCUAGGCUUGGAGUCAAGAGGAGCUGGAUUCUAAUCUGGUCUGACUCCUCCUAGCUGUGUGACCCUGGGCAAGUCACUUAACCCCCAUUGCCUAGCCCUUGCCCUUGUCUUUGAGUUGUCACUAAGACAGAAAGGAGAGGUUAAAAAGGAGAAGAGAAGGUUUGGAAGCCCGUGGAGGGGCAGGAGAGACGGCGCCCGAGGGCUGCCUUGCUGUGUGAAGGCCCACGAGUGGGGAGAGUUUGUUCAGUUCCAUAAUUUUCUCUGGCUCUUCCAGCAUGGCGGGAGCAGGAGUGGAGGAAGCCAGCGGUGAGAGCAAUCCAGCCUUGAGGUGUGGCAAAGUAGGAGGGCUAAAGGGACCAUCCGUGAGGGUUUCUCGGAUGUUGAAUAACCAAGCGGCAGAGCUGAGCCUUAGAGAUAAUCUACGCCUCUCCCAUUUUACGGAUGGAGCAAACCGAGGCCCAGAGAGGGCGUGGGUUGGAAGCCAGCAGGUCUGGGGACCAGCCUCCUGGCUAAGCGAGUCCUUUCUCCCUGUCUGGGGCUCAGCCCUGCCUGCGACGUGGUGGGCUGAGCUCAGAGGGGCCGGCCGGAGCCUGGGCUCUAAGCCUGCGUCUCGUCUGUCUGCUCCAGGAACAGUUUCAGCUGUAUUGUACCAUGAACUCUACCUUCGAACUGUGCAAGAUCUGUGCCGAGCGAGACAAGGACACACGCCUGAAGCCCUGCGGCCACCUCCUGUGCCACCCCUGCCUGGAGGGCUGGCAGAAGUCCCCAGGCAGCACCUGCCCAUUCUGCAGAUGUGUGAUUGAGGGCUGGGAGCCUGUGACCAUCCAGCCUUUCCCUCAGGACUCACGAGAUCAGGAGGACAAGGAGGCCUCAGCUAAGAUGUGCCCCAGGAGUUCCCCUCUCAUGGCUCCCCCCUUGCCCCCAAGGCCUGACCUGGCCCAUAGGAGAAAUCCGGACAGCAAACUGGCCCCAGGCUCCUCUUCCUCUUUCUUGCACCUGCCAAGGCUCCAGCCCCAAUUUGUCAUCCCUCGGAUUGGUUCCUUUGUCACUGUGCCCUGGGACUCAGCUCCGUCCUCAGCUCAAACUGGGAGCAGCUGGAAUAGCUCCUGAACUGAUUAACAGCCAAUCCUGAAGGACCCAGGAAGCCCAGGCCCCCACCAGAGCCAGAAAUCCAGAAAAUUCAGAACCGAAAUAGCCUCAUCCGGGAAGGGAGAGACUUGGACCGGAAUGAUCUCCAAAUCCCUACAGGCUCUGAAAAUCAAUGAGCUUGGGCCCAGAAACCAGAGCCCAGGCAUGAUUCAGAGUUCAGAACCCAACUGAAAUCCGAGAGGAAAACAUCUCCAGGGCCAAUCAAUACACAAUGACUAGAGAAAUUCCAAAGCUCCAAACGUGGCCCAGGCCUAAGUCAGAGCCCAGAACCUCGCCACAACCAAGAGCCCAGGGGGAACCUAGAGCCCAGACAGAAACCAAAGCCCAGAGAAAAGCCAGAGGCCCGGAGACUAGAGCCCAGGCCCAGAGAGCAGGCAGAAUUCCAUUCCAUAAAACCUAGAACAGAGAACCCAGGUAGAAUUCACGCAGAACUCAAAAAAGCGCAGGAGAGAGAGCUCAGAGCCCAGAGCCCAGAACCCAGAGUCCAAAGGGAACUCAAAACCCAGUUGACCUAGAACAGAGUGCAGAGACCAAACAGACCAGAAAUCAGAACUUGGACUUGUCCUUGGAAAGUCCUUGACCAGAGUGCGCAAGUCUGUGAGAAGAGAAUGCCAGUGAGUGGGUAUAUGGAUAAAGAACGCUGAGAUCUUUUGAAAGCUCUCUAAGUGUCUGCCAUUAUUGUUGUUGGAGCUGAGGGGAGCCCAGCCCCCCCAAGAGCCGUGGCCAGCAGAAGAGGUCCCCCGAGUAGCCACCAGGGGUCAGAUGGACACUUGGAAGGAGGCCUCCAGAGCCCCAGCCUCCCCAUCCACCCAAAGGCCGGGACCCAGAAUUCCCAGCACAGCCUGUCUCAGCAAGAGG